CUUUUUGCAAAUGAUGGAUCCAAGCUUGUGCCGCUGCUUGUAUUGCGCUUUUGAUGCGAAGUGGGAGCUAUGCAUGCGCCUUCCAUCUGGCAGGCGCAAAGUCUGUCUGGCAAGCUCUCAUUUGGUUCAGCAAACAGGAGGGGCGCUGGUGGAGAUCUGAAAGCAUGGCAGCUGUCAAUUUUCAACAUAUCUGCAUGCGGAGAAGCCCCAUGGGCGAUCAAUCGGUGACACCUGUACGCCCCUUCCCCUUCUGCCCAUGCCCGCAUUGAGCGAUGUCCCUCCCGGCAAUGGCGGCCGACAACCCGGCCAAGGAGGUCCAGAAGGCGGCUCAGAAUGUCACGAGCACUGUGGAGAAGGCGGUUGAGGGGACCAAGAGGGAUGUGAGCAGGGAAGAGGUGGAGAAGCGUCAGGAGAGCGGGGGCUCUGAUGAGAAGCGGAGCGUUGUUGGGAGCAAGCCCGCACCUGGAAACGACCAGCUGCCGAGGCCUGAGAUUGAGAGGCGGCCAGAGACUGGCGACCGCAGCUUCGGCAGCCUCUUCGCCUUUGACGGUGCUGCGCCCGAGACCCUGAACAACCGGUUGGCUAUGACCGGUAUUGUCGCUGCGCUCUCAGUGGAGGCCUUCACCGGACUGAGUGUGCGGGACCAGGUUCUGGGACCUGGGGGCUUCUACCGGGUGGGCUGGUUCUUGGCAGCAGUGGCCCUGGUCACCACGGCGUCGCUCUUCCCUCUGUCCAAGGGUGAGUCGCCUGACUCUCGCAAGAGCGGACCUUUCGAGGGCAAGAGCGAGAGGUGGAAUGGCCGCCUCGCACAAUUGGGCUUCGUCGCCCUUAUCAUCACUGAAAUUGUGAAGGGCAGUGCUCUUCUGCCAAAGCUCUUCUAAGAACGAGACGACAGACGGAGACUCGAACUAAUGGGCAUGCAGUUUACAGCAAGCGAGUUGUAACCUUUCUUCCAGUCAGCGGGCAUUAGAAGGUUUGGAUAGUUUGAUUGAAUGUUUGGACAGUUUUGUGUGUCUGUAAGUAGGGCGUGCCAAACAUUUUUGUAGAGUGAUGUGAGCGUAAGUUUGUAGGUCUGUACAUUAUGUCAAAAUGUAGAGCACAAUCUUGCAAGACAUCCGUCUUGCUUGCUUGAAAUUCAUCUGCUUAUAUGCUUGUGAUAUUUACUCUCUCAACUCGGGACGG